CGGGUUCUGAGCGGAUGAUCGUCUCUCUACCACUCAUGGGCCAGGACAGGCCCAGUGUAAAGACGUGUUUCGCGAUCUCUGACACAACGUGAUGAUACGAUAGACUGAGGUUACCUCGUCAUAAUCGAAGAACGAAGACGUCUGCCAGUUGGGUCUUUUCAACCCAUCUCAAACCGACAUGGAGUCGCUUGCAGAAACUUUAUGGGAUGUAACAAUCUCUGGAACCGGACUGGCUCAGUCGCUUCUUGCGCUGGCCCUUUCCAGGUCAGGUAAGAAUGUACUCCAUGUUGAUAGAAAUCCGUAUUACGGUGGCUGUGAGGCAGCCUUCAGCCUUCAAGAAGCCGAGGAAUGGGUUGAUAAAGUAAACCAAGAUCCUGGCCAGACUCCAUUUGAAGAUGCAGCGAUUUAUUCACCCUUGGAUUCUCCGGAGACUGAAGUGAAGCUCUCAUCUUCCCGAUCCUACACGCUCUCAUUAUCUCCCCACCUUGUUUAUGCCCGUUCAAAACUUCUUCCAACCCUGGUCUCCUCCAGGGUCCACAAGCAGGUGGAGUUUCAAGCGGUUGGGAGCUGGUGGAUAUAUACCCCUGCAUCUGAACACAAUGAGAGCCGCCUAUAUCGUGUGCCAAGUAGUCGUGAAGAUGUUUUCGCAGAUAACUUUAUCACAGUCAAGUCAAAGAGAACUCUCAUGAGAUUCCUCAGGCACAUUGCCAAGCCCUUCCAGGAUGAUCAAGCGUCGUCUGAAGGUGAAGAGGAUUUGUCUGCUCCUUUCCCGGAUUACUUGGCUUCAAAAUUUCAUGUCCCGACUGAGCUGCACUACCCUCUGCUUUCCCUAUCAUUAUCCCAGUCCAGUCCUCUGCAGACAGCAGCCAGCUACGCCAUCCCUCGGAUUCAAAGACACCUAGGCUCCAUUGGCGUAUUUGGACCUGGAUUUGGAAGUCUCCUGGCCAGGUGGGGUGGUGAUCCGGAGAUCUCGCAGGUGGGCUGUCGCGCCAUGGCUGUUGGCGGCGGCGUAUACGUCCUAAAUACGGGGAUCCGGUCGUUUGCAGAACCUUCCGGUUCUCAAACCGAUGAACAUCGUAUGCUCGUACAGCUGUCGAGCGGAAUUGAUAUUCAAACAAAGUAUUUGGUUGGCUCGAAUUGGGAUCUCCCUAUUCAAGCAGACGCUCGACCGUCAUGCCGUAAGGUUGCUCGGUCAAUUACCAUUGUAUCGUCUCCUCUUGAACAUUUCUUCCCACCGACCGCAGAGGGCGGUCCAGUUCCCGUGGGAUCUGUGGUCGUUUUCCCUGGUAAUUCUCUAGAUCAGGCCGAGGAUUCUCCAUUGGUUUACCUCGUGGUGCAUUCAAGUGAGACUUGCGAAUGCCCCACUGGACAGAGUGUGAUCUAUGGCAGUGUCAGCAUCCCUGGUCCUCAAGGACAGUCCCUUUUGAAGGCAGCCGUGGACAAGCUUUUGGCGACCGCCACCAACCCUGACGGUCAAGCAAAGGUACUGUGGUCGUUGCAGUAUACACAGCUCGGACGAGAGAACGAGUCCGUGGAUGCCGCACAAGCCAUCAGACCUAGCUCCCUUCCGGACAAUGUGAUCUGCUUCCCUCCAUCGGGUCUGGAUCUCGCAUUUGAAGAUGCGACUCUGGACAUGGUGAAAGAGGCAUGGAAGCUAAUAAUGGGCGAUGGUUUCUCUGAAGACGAGUUCAUGAAAUUCGAGGACAGAGAAGCUGCGCAGGAUGAAGAUGACCGUAGCACAUAACAAGUUGACUUGGAAAAUAAUUUAAUUAGUAGGGCUAUAUUAAAGUAUUCAACAAAAAAAAUUGAAACUGAAAUGCAAUAAAUGUACUCCGUAUGUGUUGUGUAUAUCUCAACUUGAACAAGAGCAUUCCAGUUUUCUAUGAUAAAACCAAGGCGUGGGAGAAACAGUACUC